UGUUGUUGUUGUUGUUGUUGUUGUUCAUGUUUUUGUUGUUAGCGUUGCCCAGGUGCGUCCGCGACCUCACCCCGCCUCGUGCCGCCUAAGCGCGCUCCUGUCCGAUCACGUGUCGCGCGCGAGGACUCGGCUCCGAAGAGCAAAGAACACGGAAGGCGCGAUCUGGCAGUAACUUGCUUUUUGUCCUUUAACGGUAUUUAAACAGCCCAGUAAUGGGGCUGCGCGGUUGACGUCAUCGUCCGUGCGAUAACUUGUACCGGGUACCAAGUGAAGUUGUAUUUGUGCUCGAGAAGUUAAUACUGUACUUAAUUUCGCGGUCUCCACUGCAGUAGCGCGCGCGGCGGCGGCGGCUCGCGAGCACUAUGGCAUCGGCACCGCCAGCAGAAUUUAUUCUCGGGGAUCCUCCACUGCCCUCCUACGAAGAAGCCAUGAGCCAUCCGUACCCGCAGGACUUUGGACCUCCUCCACCCAGCUACUCCAAGGCUACACAGCAGCCAUGUCCGGCGCAGGUGUACAACCCGUCAGUACCACCAGUGACCGCACCACCAGUGGUGACUGUGCAGAGAGUUUUCGUGCAACACACUUUUACGGACCAGCCAGUACAGAUGCAGUGCCCGGUGUGCAUGCAGCUGGUCGUGACCCGCCUGGAGCACAGGUCAGGUGCAGCAGCUUGGGUCAUCUGUGCAGGUCUCUUCAUUUUCGGUUGUGCCUAUGGCUGCUGUUUGAUUCCGUUCUGCAUGGAUGAUCUGAAGGAUGUGACACAUUAUUGUCCCAACUGCAACAAUGUCUUGGGGGUCUACAAACGCCUUUAAUUGUUAUAACGCAUUCUUUCAAAACUGUUUUGUAUAUUGGAUUUUAACCCUGUCAGACUCCAACACCCACUCAUUUGCAGUGACUGUGUAUGUGUGUGUUUAUGUACUUUGGGUCAAGUUUAUUUAAUGAAGGGUUAAGGGGAAAGGGAGUUUUGCACCUUGUUUGUUCAAUUAUUUUCAUAGUGAACUGGGUACAGUAUUUCUGUCGGGGAGGAAUAUGAAGAAACGUGUAGCAAUAGUACUUGAUUGUUCAAAUGUAGAAAAUGUGCAUCUUUUUGUAUUGGAUUAAGUAGACAGCACCUCUUGAUCUCAGUCUGUAGUGAGGUGUUGAGAGAGCAGCUGUGCGUAGCCUUGACUGCACCUGUCAACAAACCCAAUCCUAAAAUACUACAGGUAUGUUUGCGUAAUUACUUUUUGUGAUGAUUUUAAAUUCAGUUAUGCAAUCAAUAAAGAGGGGGGUGCGGUGGCGCAGCGGGUUUGUCCAGGUCCUGCUUGGGGUGCCUUGC